CCAAUAACCCUGUAUUUGUGUUGACUCUGUGAUUCAAUUAGACCGUGUAUCAAUAGCUGAGUCGGUGCGUAUGCUAGGAAAGAUCACAUUUACCUAAAUACCUGGCGAGGAUGGUUUUACUAUGGGGGACCUUAGGAGGGGUCUUUAUGUUGCUGGUCCAAAUCUGCACAGCACAAAAUACAGGUCUCAUUGUGUCAGACUUGCCCAAUUCUUUUUUCAAUGGCGGAGGAAUAACCACAUUUGAAGGAUAUGCAAACCAGUUCUCGGAAGACGAAGCUUCCUAUAAAAUGCAUGUUGCAGGAUUUUACCCAUAUGAUUUUGACAUCAUGAGCAUGCAGUGGGAUGGCAAUAACACCCUUUACAUCAUGGAUGGUUUAUCAAAAUCCAUAUUAAAAAUGGAAGCUUUCGAUAUAUGGAUGAACCAUACCAAGUUCGGAUACAUAUAUCUGGUUCACAGGGGUCUUUCUUACACCAUAUCCAGCAGAAUUGCCUAUGACCACCUGACUGGCAAUAUGUACUGGACAGAUGCCUUGUACAAUUGGAUUGCCGUGCAACCAGUCCAUGCUAACGAUCAGUCCAACUACAAAAUACUGAUCAGUGACCAGCUGUCAACGCCCGGUGCUAUAGCAGUGGACCCCAAUAACGACCGUUUGUUUUGGUCAAACCAUGGAGAUUCCGUGUUCAUUGAGAGAUCAGAUUUAUCUGGAAAGAAGAGAAAAAUAAUAGUGAAAAAUUUACUCUGGGUUCCAGAUAUAAAAUGUGAUCCGGAUCCCAGCAAACAGAUGAUUUACUGGGCAGACAAUUACAGAAACACCCUGGAGAUGAGUGACUAUGACGGAAUGAAUAGGAAGGUUGUCUACCGCUCACCCAACAUUUACCUGCAAGUCUCAAACAUCGCAGUAUACAAGGACGUUCUGUGUGGCAGCGAUUACGACGAGAAGUUUGUGUUCUGUGUGGGAAUCGGCACCGGCCAAGAGUCAUGGCGACAUGAAUUCAGUUUCGAAGAUCCAUGGGGAAUGACUCUUUUGGAUAGCAAAGUUACAACCAUCUCAAAUCCUUGUAAAGAUAAUGGUUGCGAGCACAUUUGUACUAAUUCUGAAGACGGCGCUGUAUGUCACUGCAAAGAGGGUUACACCCUUAACGAAGACAAAAAAACAUGCAAUGCCUCCCAUUCUGCACAUGGCCGCGGGAUAAUAUUGUCCAGUGGGAACAAUCUCUGCACCGUAGACAUCCGGGUUAUUACUGGAGUACGACCAAACGCCACUUGUCUCCUAGCCUGGACAUCAAACAUCACGCACAUCGCGGUGGCAGCUAAUGACUCCAAAGUUAUAUUUGCCGCUGGGGACGAACUAAUAUUGUAUGACCUAGUAACUAAGCAAAAUACAUCUUUGGUCUCAACAGGAAAAGUAUCUGGUUUGGUGUACUCUUGGAUCGGGGGAGAUGUAUUUUGGUCAGAGUCGGACACUGGUAAAAUAAAACUCCUUUCACUGGAUAGCGCUACUAAAACCGAUUACACAAUUUACUCUAACCUGAACAACCCCCGGGAUUUAGCCAUCGACCCACACAACGAAAAACUGUUUUGGAUUAAUACAUCACCACAAAGUGGUGCUUUACAAAUUGAGACCGGAAGCUUUACAGGGAGUGACAAGAAAACAUUCCAAAGCCAACUGUUCAAUAACCCUUCCGGACUCUUCUUUGAUGGUGGUCUCAAACUACUUUUUUGGAUCAGUCAGCAAAAGUUAACGUAUUUCAGCAAGAGUGCUAACUUUCACCUAAAUACCGAUCAUUUAUUAAAUACAGAUACAAAGUUAUUGAUAUACAAAGAUUACUCGAUCAGCACGAAGGGAGAUAAUCAGAUAACAGUAUACAGUUUAUAUGAUGAAACUGACAAAAAUCAAUAUACUGUUGAUAAGAUUUCUGACAUCACCGCCUUUGCUUUAUUUGACCCGGAUAUUCAGCCAAAAGAGAACAACAAAUGUGAUAUAGACAAUGGAGGUUGUGAACAGAUAUGUAUACCCGACGGUACCCAAGGAGUCUGCGAGUGCGGACUGGGAUAUGUUUUGGAAAGGGAUGCACACAACUGCACCACAGUCGCACAGUCAGAUAUGUUUGCGCUUGCGGUCGACUUCAACCAUGGACUGAUAUACCAAAUAUCAAUGAAUGACAAUACGAAGGAUAAGAAAGUGUCGGCAGUGGAUAUCCCCCAGCCCGCGGACCCGCUGGCCACCGCCUACAUCCCGUCGACCCAGAGUGUUAUCUGGGCAGACUACAUGGAUGACCACAUCCUGAACACAACCUUGAACACCAACAUUACAGAGAUUCUGUACAGUCCAGUAAAUUACAUUGUGGCUAGCAUCGCUGUCGAUUAUUCCACGGGAAACAUAUACUACACCGGUCUUCCUUACUCAUACUUUAUCCAAUACUCAAUGAUUGGAGUGAUCCAUUACAAUUCACAUCAACAUAAAACCCUGAUGGAUAACAUCCAGUAUGCCUACAGUGUGGCUCUACAUCCACCCAAAGGGUAUAUGUUCUGGAUAGACGGUGCCGGAAUGGUGGGAAGAGCGAAUAUGGAUGGAACUGACCCCCUGUUUCUGGUCGCUUAUGGGAUGACGUCAGCAAUGGCAAUCGCCGUUGAUUACAAAAGUGACAAGGUGUAUUACAUCGAUGGUGAGAGAAUCGACUAUAUGAAUCUGGAUGGGGGAAACAGACAGACUCUUCAUAUGAACCAGGUGGCUGGGUUAUCACACCUAGCGGUCGCCGGAGAAUAUGUCUACUGCACAGCCGCUUAUAAACAGGAGAUUUUAAAGAUACACAAAACGACCGGACUCCUGGUCACUGAAUGGAUGUCUCCCGUCACGGAGUUGGGGCGACUGGAGACCAUCACCUUGUACGACAAAAGUGUAGCUCUUCCAGUUCAUCAAAAGUGCUCCGUUAACAACGGGCUCUGUAGCACGUUCUGUUUCCCUCGCCCCAACAACCAGCGCUCCUGUGGAUGCCCAGAGGGUGUGUCCCUUAUGGCGGACCAGAGGACAUGUAGCGGAGUACCAAAGUGCUCAAUGGCAAUCAAACACGGCAAGUUGUCGGACCUGUGCAGUGGAUAUGUCAACAGUACAUGUGACUAUGAAUGCUAUCCUGGAUAUCUGAAAACACUCACUGGAAAACUCACGUGCAACGAUCAUCUCAACUGGGUACAGCAGACGUCGGUGGACGUAAAUAUGUUAUGCAAAGAGCAAAUAACAACGACUCCAUCCCCUCCACCCACAACAACAACAAAAACAACAACAACAACAACAACAACAAAAGUACCACCACCGACAGCAACUACUACUACAACAACAACAACAACAAGUACACCAUCGCCGAACGUUGAUCCCCUGCACCGAAAGGCUGAAUCUCAGCAAAGUGACGGCUCCAUUAGUUCCGGGACGUUUGCUGCAACCAUUAUUGUUAUCAUCAUUGUUUUCAUCGUAAUCAUCGUUAUUCUUGUCUAUGUUAUGUAUAAAAGGAGAAUUGUAACAAAUAUGUUCAGCCAUGCAAAGUUCGUGAAUUCUCCCAAUGUCCCGGAUGAGGGCGGCCCGGUGGAUGACCGCUACACGUCCAUUACGGACAUCAACCAGCCCACUGCUUCCGCCAAUGCGGCUGGGAUGGAAAAUCCGCUGUAUGAAGUCAGAAAUAAAACUGCUGUGCCAGAUAACAAGGACAACACGCUGCCAGAGCAGGAAUUCAGAUCGGUUGAUAUGACAGCAUAUAAAUAUUAACUCAUAUUCAGAUUAACUACCAUUGCACAUAGCUCUAGGGAGUCUAAAGGUUUGGGACUCAACCAUUAAAGAAAAUAGGUUCCUAACUAACUAUCCUAAUAAACUGAGGUACAUGUAUAUGGAUUUGUGCAAAUGUAUGUUUUAUACCCUUUAUACCAAUAAUUAUUUUGACUUUUAAAUUCAACUUACCUGUAUGAUAAUAUUGUUUAACUUCUUUUUUACUUCUCAAACGAAUGAGACCUUUGGUCUAUAUAUGAUGAUGAUGUUGAAGAUGAUGAUAACGCUCUCUUUCUGAAGGUUUUAAAAAGGGGAAAUCCUCAUACAUGUCUUUAUUUUAUGUUCAUCUUUUUUUUUAUAAUUAGUUAUAUCUAUAUACUUUGGUUAUAUACGAGCAUAUUGUUUGUAGCAAAUGUAAAUACCGUUAUCCUAAGACCUUGGCUGAUUUUUCAGUGUUUUUUGUCAUUGUUAUACCGGUAUCAUCUCUUUUUUAACCGCCUUUAUAGCUAGUAUAUUUAACAAUGUGAUCAACUAUUAUGUACGAUGGACUUUUUGAUAUAGUACGUACUGCUGUUUUGGUGCUAUAUAACAGUUGAUAAUUUCAUCGAGUAUAGUUAUUCCAUUCUAGUUAUGAGAUAUAAACACAUUUAGUACCAACAGUAAUAUUGGUUGGUUAGCAUUAUAUAAGACAUCAAAAUGUGAUAUAAUCUACUUUGUUUAGCGAAAAUGUUUAUACUGUUAUGUUUUUGAUGUUUUUAUUAUUGUAUUCAGACUUAUGCAUAAUAUCUUCAUGAAACGCGUUGAAUUAUUUUUUUAAACAAUAAAAUAUUGAAAUCCAAACGUUCAA